CCGGUCUGGUUCGCUCAUUCAGUACCUUCAGUCAGUCGUUGACAGUGGGAGAGCGAGCGCGCGUCUCUAAAAGAUAACUUUGUGUAUCGAUAUUUUUUAAACAGUUUUAUCGUAUUCGUGAAUUUUGAAGAUGGCCGAGAAUAAUUCUAACAGCAGUUACGAGAACGGAGACGGUAAAAUGGCGACGAUCAGCAAAGUGCUGCAGUCCCGACAGGAGAAGAUGAUCGACACCGGCAACAAGGUGACAGUGGUUGGAGUCGGCCAGGUCGGCAUGGCGACCGUCUUCUCACUCCUCACACAGGGUGUGACGAAUAACAUCGUCAUGGUGGAUACGAAUGAAGACAAGCUGAAAGGAGAGAUGAUGGACUUGCAGCAUGGAUCCGCCUUUUUAUGCAACGCCACAAUUAAGGCUGGCACAGACUACUCGAUCACGGCGGACUCGCAGAUCUGUGUGAUAGCAGCCGGCGUGAGACAGAUGGAAGGAGAGGACAGGCGCAACCUGGUGCAGAGGAACGUGGAAGUCCUCAAGGGAAUCGUUCCUCAACUCCUGAAAUACAGUCCAAACACGAUCUUCUUGAUCACCAGCAACCCAGUGGAUGUCCUGACCUACGUGACCUGGAAGAUCAGUGGCCUGCCCAAGCACCGUGUGAUCGGCUCGGGAACAAACCUCGACUCUGCGAGGUUCCGUUAUCUGCUCUCGCAGAAACUGAACAUUGCGCCUACAUCCUGCCAUGCGUAUAUUAUUGGGGAGCACGGUGACAGUAGCGUACCGGUCUGGUCAAGCGUGAACAUCGCAGGCGUGCGUCUCCGGGACCUGAACAAGAACAUUGGCUUGGACUGUGACGAGGAGAACUGGAAAGAGACACACACCCAGGUGGUGCAGAGUGCGUACGAAGUCAUCAAGCUGAAGGGCUAUACCUCCUGGGCCAUCGGACUGUCCCUCACUCAAUUGAUUAAAGCUAUCCUCACUAACGUAGCCAGUGUUCAUGCUGUUACUACUUCUUUAAAGGGUGAACAUGGCAUCACAGAAGACGUAUUCCUCUCGCUGCCGUGUGUGCUCGGCCGCAAUGGUAUCCUCGAUGUCAUCCGCCAGCCUUUGACCGACGUAGAGAGAGAGCAAUUGUUACAAUCAGCUAAAGUCAUGGCAGACGUUCAGUCCAAUAUCAAGUUCUAAAGCAAUACAAUAAUAAUUUAUUUUUUAUUUAUUUAUAUAAUGAACAUUACGUCUUUACCGGCACACCUAAAUUAUGAUAAAUGCAAUUUCCAGUAACUAAUUUACCAAUUUUUCUCUAAAUUAUUUGUAAAUAGGUACCUAAUUUAAAUAUACAAAAAUGCUUAAAAAACUUGAAGAAACCAAAACAAAUUAAGUACAUCUACUUAUAAAACAUAAAUAACAUUGAAUAAUUAAUAAUCGGAACUAAAGUAUCAUUUAAACUUAACGAAACUGUAUAAAAAAGUAAUACAAUGAAAUAAAGUACAAAAUAAUAGGAACUUAUUUUUUCAUUAUGUUAGACAAUUUUUACUAUAUUAUAGUAGACUUGUAGCCUCUUUUUAUUGCAUUAAUCCUUUUUGUAUUAGUCACGUCUAUCUAUUUGUUGCCCAUACUACCUCUCUCUAUUCACUACUACAGUCGUCAAAUAAAAGGUCGGCUACUGUUUUUGACCGAGUAAUAAGUCAAAUCGAGUUACAAUUUGAAUUUGUACUCACUGGAUCAGAUCAAUAAUAACUCUAUCAUUUCCUAAAUAGCAUGAGACUGUAGAACGUUGACGAAUCAAUGACAUCAAGACAAAAAGGUUUUUCAAAGACCCAGACCUUUGCCUACUACAUUACCAAAGGUCGAUGUGUAUGUUAAAUUAAAACAAAAAAUACGGUUCGAUUUUGGUAUUUCAUCUUUAAAUAUUUUAUAAUACCUAAGAGUCCUACGAGUACUUAUACAAAACUAUCCGAAUAACCGAUUUUUAAAGUAUAUAAAUUAUAGUCCAUACAAAAUGAGAGGUCAACUCUGACCUGACAUUUGUUAGGAAGGUACCGCUAUAACUUAUAACUAAAUGAUUUUACUGAUUCUGGGAUUUUGGGUAAUCUCCUAAGCAUUAUGCUUAUAAAUGAUAUUCUUUUUGAACGUGUAUGUAAUAUAAUAAUCAAUAUUAUGAAUAUUUUUAUUUUUACGUUACAGUACGUUCAUAACAAGUUAUAGCAGUACCUAGUUAGUAAUGUUAGAGUUGACUCUUAUUUUGUGACGACUGUAACAACCUCUAAUAAGAUGUGUGAUAGAAAAAUAUUUGCAUUUAUAUAUUUUCGGUAAAUGAAAAAAAAAUAGGAUUUUGGGCUAAGGUCAUAGGUUCCUACACACUACGCUGAUGACACAGCGGGUAUAGCCUGUGGGAACCAUGCAAUGAGGGUUAUGAUUUAGGAGUAACUGUAGUUGGCGCCACUGUCAAUGAAAGUCGUGACAAUCGCCGUAAUAACGUUAAAAAGGUUAAGAAUAAAAGGACAGUAGGUAAUCCAUAAUAUA